AUGGUUAACGUGGCUGUAGUUUCAGGGGGCACGGCCACGAACACAAUCUUAGAUGUUUUUCAAGAUCUAUCAGGAACUGGGGGCCAAAUUGCUUCGGUCUCGCACAUUUUGCCUGUUUCAGAUAAUGGUGGCUCUACAUCCGAGAUUAUAAGAGUGUUAGGUGGUUGCUCUGUGGGAGACCUCAGGUCAAGAAUAGUGCGACUUAUCCCUAACGAAAGCCAAGGAAUCCGCAACUUACUUUCCCACAGGCUUUCCAGCAAAGCUACGGAUGCCAAAUUGGAAUGGGGAUCAAUAGUGGAAGGCUCACACGACUUGUGGUCAGACGUGGAGCCCGCAUGUAAAGAGCUCAUUAGGAGUUUUCUGAUCCACGUUCACAUGGAGAUUUUGAAACGGUCACGGAAUAGUACAAAGAAUUUCAGACUUGAACUUGCUAGCAUUGGGAAUCUGUUUCUCACUGGUGCAAGACUCUUCUGUGGAUCUUUGGAUUCCGCAGUGGAAUUGAUUCUACGCGUUGCAAGAGUUUCGUCCAGACUCCACGUUAUUCCGUGUCUCAACACAAAUUUCACCUACCACAUAAGUGCCCUACUCAAAGAUGGUACAAUCAUUACAGGACAGUCACAGAUCUCACAUCCUUCAAAAAUAGAGGUUAAUAAAGACAGCAAUCAAUCAGGCUUCUCUCUUCCUAUUGUGAGAUCCGAUUCUUUAAUCCACCCGCCCCCAAUAGUCCCCUCAGGACAAGCUUCUCCCUCUCGCACAUAUUCAUCAUUUUUGGAUAAUGUGCACUUUACAGCUCCAGCGGAUAAAUUAGGUAGCCAGGCAAUUUUAUACGGAGUCUCCAGCCAAGUCGAACCUAAUCAUACUCUAGACUCUGAUAGCGAAGAUGAAAGUGAGUUUGCAGUGCCAAGUUACAUACAUCCAGACCUCAAGAAGUCCCAGUUGCAUGUGGAUAAAGAUGACACGGCUCCGCUCCCAGCACCGAUAGAAAGAAUUUUUUAUAUCUCUCCAUAUGGUGAGGAAAUAUAUCCUGUGGCUCAAUCUCGCGUUCUUCAAUGCCUGUCAAAUUGCGAUGUUAUUGUGUACUCCAUAGGAUCUUUGAUGACCUCUAUCAUACCUGUUCUUAUUUUACAAGGAGUCGGAGAAGCUAUACUCGAGAACAGUAACACGAAAAAAAUACUGCUUCUCAAUGGGACACUGGAUCGUGAAACACAGUCAUUAGAUGCCCUUGGUUUUAUAGAGACUGUACACAAGGCUUUGGUAUAUUCAAUGAAGACAAGCUGCGAGAGACGAAACGUGAAAUGUCAGACAACACUUUCCUACUCCUCCUUCGUUACACAUUUAGUUCACCUCAAACCCUCCAAAGAGAUUAAGGUAGACACGGAACAAAUUACGGAACUGGGAAUUGAAUGUAUUGGAGUUGCUCCGCGUAAAAACGAUGAUACCAGCUAUGACUUGGAGGACUUGCACGCAAAAUUGCAAAAGAUAGUUAACGGAUAG